AUGCCGGCGAUACGUCUUGGAAUGUACCACGUCUACGGUCCUACUCUGGAAAUAAUGGUGCAUACAAUGGACUCUGUACAAGUGGACAGUCAAGAAGCUGGUUGCGGCGAGCUCGAGGCCUGUCUGGAGCUACAUUCCCCGCUCACCUUUACCCCGUCGGCGGAGCCCAGCUUGACAGCUGACUCAGAACGACGCGAAGGAUCCAAUUCGUCAGUUAAGUUGUGGUCAGCUGUGCUCAUAGCAGAUAGCAUGACGGUACGUCGCCAAGAAAGUCGCACUCAGCUUACCGGCUCGGAAAGAGACAGCCCUCUCAAAGUCACCUCCGGGACGUCCGGAGACGUCGAGGAGGCCGCGUCGAGUGAUAGUGACGUGGAUGCUGCCGAGCAACAUGCUAGCCUGUCCUCGCGCCGCCCCAGUACUCCGAAUGACGAAUUCAUGCUGACCGCCAGCCAACUGGGCCUGACGACAUUUCACUUGGGGCCUGGGCAACACUAUUUCGUCUGUGAUCCUUUGCUUGCUUGUCGGGAGACAGCGUCGACGGUCUGUCCACAUAGUGACUCGUCCAGGAGCCAGGCCUACAUCGACAGCCAAGCCUUGACUGGCCGAGAAGACAAGCAGGAGGUCAGGUUGACUGCGUCCGGCUACGCAUCGGGCACGGAUCAGUUCCCGGACCCUGCAGAUCUGCCUGCCGGAUCCUUCCUGAUUCUGCGCAUCAGAUACAAUGGAGUGGUAAGGCCUCUCUUCUGCCAUUCGAAACAGCGCCAAAACGCAUGUUCCAGUGAAGCCAACCGACAUGUGGCUAGGAAGGAUCUGCUAGUGGUCGUCCUCUGGUGGGAUCAACCUUCGACUCUCUGCACCAUAGUCAUUCGAAAUGGAAGUGUGCUCAGCCGAUAUAUACUCGUCAAUGGGCUUGCGUAUUAUGGCCGCUUAGAAGAGUAA